AAAGGUCAGAAGACGCAGCAUUAGUUGUCUCUCUUUGCCAAGAGGAUCCAGGAUCUGCAUCAUGUCGGUUUUGGCGGACUUCGGCAACAGUGACAGUUCUUGCUGUAUCCAGGAUUUAUGUUUAGAUUCUAAUUCUGGUUUUGGAGGUUGCAGUGACGCCCUUACAUAUCCUGUGGGUGACCUGUACACUGCCCCCGGGGAGUGGGGGUUUAGCGCGGACAAUGUCCUCAGUGAUUCGGUCUCCUCCACCACUUGUCUGGUCAGAAUAGACGUAAGCUGUGAUGACCGAUACAAUACUCUGAUACAGCAGCUGACCUUCAUGAUUCCACAGACUUAUCUGGACACGCCCAUUGAUGAAUUGUCUGUCGUCAGAGGUGCUUCGGACUAUAUCGCCCAUCUACGACAGAUUCUGGAAAACACGAAUUCGACUGACACUGCAUCAGAACCGGAAAUGGAGAGAGGUAGGGUGUUCAUCCCUCAGUCCGGAACAGACCACAUGCGUUACGUUCAGACCGGAAGUGCAGUCUUUGACGAGGACACGUCCGAUAUAUGGAACCUGGAGUAUGGUGAAGCUGAUGGAUGGCCCAAAUCACCCCUCAAGUUCCCAGUCCUUGAAAAUCAGUCAGAAGUAAUGUCCAUGACAGACCUUCCUCGCCCAGUUACCUUGUGGCAAAAUAAGUUUUCUGACACUCAUUCCAACAAGCAAUACACCAAUCAGGUACAUUUGAACAACGAACAACUUUACCUUCACGAGGAAAUUCCCCGCAGCGUCAAUGGCGACCGUGAAGUGAAAGAUUCAAGAACAACCCAUAAAAGCCGGAGGAACUCACACAUGGUUAUAUGUGAUCCCCAUUUUCCAGAAUUAGUCUCUUAUUUUGGGGCAAAUGACGGUUUUACUGGUGGAAAUGUCAUUGAGAAGGACGCACUCUUCACGUCUGAUCACAGCACACGUGGUGAAGAUGGCCAGUUCACCAGAAUCAGAGACCCGGGACUUAGAGAUUGCCUCUCCUCUCCAUUAUACAGCACUCAUGAAAUGGCCUCCUUGGAGAAAUAUCCCGUCCUUUCAUCUCUUUUGGAUGAAACAGGUGCGUGUAACUCUGAAUGCAGCUGUAAUGAUAGCACUGCCACCGCUGUUGGAUCAACCGUCAGAAAACAUGCAGCCAGCUGGCCACAGUCCCAGUCCUUAGUCUCGUCAGUGAAGUGUUUUGAUGGAUGGCGAUUUUCAGGGAAGGCUGAUGAAGUUGAAGAUGAUGACGAUGACGUAUUUUUUCCGUCAAGUCAAACCGAGCCCGAUUCUACCACUGAUAGGCACUGUAAGGAUAAAGGCAGGACUACAGGACUACGGAGACCUAAGAAUGGAUUUAUACGUUUUUCUGUGGAGUAUCGUAAACGUUUGGCCAAACAACAUCCCAAGCUUGAUAACCGGGAAGUGUCCAAAAUGUUAGGCGCGAAAUGGCGCAGGAUGAGCCACGAAGAAAAAAUACCAUACGAAAUGGAAUUCCGAAAAGACAUACUGGAGCUUCGCUCCAAACACCCGGAGUGGAGGUACGCACCCCUGAAACAAAUGGAGACCGAGCACAUAGAACCCAUGCCGAGCCGCCUGAGACCCCGGGAUAAACUCAAAAAGAAGUUUCUUCCAACCAUCAUCAAGUAUGGUCCAGCAAUCUCAGAUAAGAAGCAGACACGUGUUUCGCGCAAGAAGCGCGGGAAAAUGGCGCAGUACAAUACGUACAACUCGUUUGCUUGGUUCCAGUGCAAACUGUGCUAUCGGUGGAGAUACGUGCCGUGUAUUGAUGACGGAAAUCUGCCGUUAUAUCAGUCUAUGUGGUUUUGUCACAUGAAUCCAGAUCCCACGUGCAACUCUUGUUUUGCCGAGGGUGGAUUGUCUGUAAACAAUACGGAAAUGACGUCAUCAGUCGCUAGGGUGUACCAGACCGGUCCACUCAAUUCCAUGCCUGUCUUUACAUCCGCCUCUAUGCCCCUGCUGGAAGGAGAUUUUGGAAUAGAUUUUAGAUAGCAGAAGUGGGCGGUACUGUGUGAAAGUGUACUUCACUGUUUUGUUGUGAUUGACAGAUGUUGAAAGUUUUCCUGAAAUGAUUUUUAUGAAUUGGAUAAAUUCAAACGGGAGUAUUACAACAACGAUUUUAUAAGCAUUAACA